UUCAAUCGUACGACUUACACUUUUUAAUCGAGUAUCCAAUCGAGUAAUCUGGGCAUUGUGUGUGGAAAUCCCACAAGGCAGAGUGUCACGAUGGAGUGACUGUAUCGAAGGAUUGAAAGUUGAAUUAAAAGUCAGAGGAGAUCGACGAAGUGGAAGUGACGUUCGAGCAUCGCGUAAGAUUCAACUAAACGACACAGGGAAUUUUGGGAUCACAGUGGUUAAUCGUCGUGAUCGAUCGAGCUUUGAAACGUCGCGGAGUGAACUGAACGACGUGUCGAGGGGCAUCGGAAGAUACGAGCGGGAACCAUCCGGAAAAGCCAUCAUCAAAGAGAAAAGAGGAAAACGCGAAGACGAGAGGUCACGUACGCUUGUAUUUUUACCCUCGCGGGAAAUCAGCGUUCGUGGAGCGGAGCUGUCGAGAGUACACAGGAUAGCGAGAUAACGUUGUCGUUCUUUAUCACGGUGGUUGGCAAAUUGAUAACAAGUCGAUUGUUACGCCUUGUGGAAACGAACCUCGUCUGAACAGAAAGAGAAAGACAGCGCGUCAAGAAAUACGUUCCUCGAGACGACGGAAAAACGCUCUUCUCCCGGCAUUCAUCGACACUUGUUUCAACUACAUGCUCGGAAAUUAUUUUCGAGCUUCAUGGCACAUAUAGCAAUGUGUUUUCCUGCGCUGUUCGCUGCUGAUCAAAAGAACAGUUCGGUCAUCGUACGAACGUGCAGUGAAGAAAGGAGCUUGCUUUUAAAAAUAGAAGCGUAAAGACGUCGUGGUAUUACGAUAGAAAAUUGCGGGCAAUCCGAAAAAUUAGAGAGGCUGAAAGGUGAAUUCUGAGAGCAAACGAAAGUAACGGCACAAACGCGGUAAGAGAAAGGAUAUAAAUUUUAAAUAAGAUCUAACUUUUUCUCUUCGCUUUCUUCUUUCGGGAACUUUCGGCGCGGCAAUUUAUCCGCGCAUCGCCCUUCAUAGUGGCUUAAGGAUAUCAAAAGGGAUUCAGGAUGUGCCUCGGCUUCUCUCGCAAGAUUGUCAGGAGUAACAGAACCUUUAUCGAGAACAGAGAGAAAUGAAGUUGUCAGUGUCGGCUUACACAGCUCAGGCCAGUGCUCACAAGAAUCUUUGCAGCUAUCAUCAACAGCGGAGCUACGGGGCCACGAAUCAGGCAUCCACGGCCCGGAUCCCCUCAGACCUCGCGACGAUCCUUCCUGCUCUCAAGGUGGAUCGGAUGGAAAAGGAGGAAGGGCAGGUAGAGGGUGGUCUGCAGUCUUCCGGUGGUGUUUCUGAUUCAAAGAUGGGCUCCGGACCUGAUUCCGGCAGUAGCGCUCCCUCUUCGGUUCCCCAGUCGCUGGUUACUUCGAGGGACGAGGAGGAUGAUGAGGAUGAGGAGAGUAGUGAUAAGCGGUCUAAUUGCCACGGAGGAUCAAGGUCAUCAGAGAUCUACUGUCAUCGACGCGCAAUCUCGGGCCAUCGACAAGCGAGGAGGUCGGCCGGUGUUGGCGUCGCCGGCACCUCAAUCACUUCAGAAUCACUGGAGAGCAACGCUAUCGAUACAGAGAUACCCGCAGCAGCCAACAGACCUCGUAACACGAGGGGCUCACAAAAAUGGAGUAACGUACGCGCGGUCAUGACGUUAUAUUCCUCUCUACGCAAAAUCAAGAGAUCAAAAAGCAAUCAGCGUUGGAUGAAACUGCGCACGACUGUGCAGCUGUCAUCGGCGAUGCAGAAGAAGCCUCCGUUAAAACGUGAAGACUCGUUUUUAAAAAGAUUUGCCACCCGGCCGAUUCCAGAAAGUCAGGAGACACUGGACAUUGCCGGGGAUGGGACAGAUAAGAAUAUGGGUAAUCGACGAGGCAGGCGACCUCGUAGGCAAAAACCACCGAAAACCGUUGUAAAUCCUGACGAAGACUUCUAUUACUACUGGCUGAUGCUCGUGUCAUUCUGCGUCCUUUACAAUCUAUGGACACUAAUCGUGCGCCAGAGUUUGCCGGAGCUGCAGGCUUUGGCGCCCGGUACUUGGUUCGCCCUCGACUGUUCUACCGAUUUCAUUUUUUUUUUGGAUAUAUUAGUGCAAUUUCGUACCGGUUACUUGGAGCAAGGUCUUAUGGUGUACAACACCCGUAAACUUGCCGGACAUUAUUUCAAGUCUAAAUUCUUUUAUUUGGAUUUGUUCGCAUUGUUACCUCUUGAUUUACUCCAAUUGAGUCUUGGCAGCAAUCCGAUGCUGCGGUUUCUACGAUUUUUAAAACUUUAUCGUAUAUACAACUUUUAUUACAUGGUUGAGUCCCGUACAGUCUACCCGAACUUUUGGCGCGUAAUCAAUCUCAUUCACAUAUUACUUCUUCUCGCACACUGGUUUGGAUGCUUCUAUUAUUUGCUAAGCGAAGCCGAGAGCUUCCGAGGUGACUGGGCUUAUCCCCACCGGCCUGGAGAAUACGCCACUUUAACACGAAAAUAUCUUGGCUCCGUGUAUUGGUCUACUUUAACAUUGACAACAAUUGGGGAUUUGCCGACACCGGAAACUAAUGCAGAAAUCACGGGUCACAAUCCCCGGAGGCUCGCUCGUCGCGGCCGACUGUCCAGGCUUCUGCAGUUCAAGCAUAACGGAGGAUACGUAUUCACGAUAGUCAGCUACUUGAUUGGCGUCUUCAUAUUCGCGACAAUCGUCGGGCAGGUUGGCAACGUCAUCACAAACAGAAAUGCGAACCGUCUUGAAUUUGAAAGGCUUCUGGAUGGCGCCAAGACCUACAUGAGACAUCACAAGGUGCCGGGUGGUAUGAAACGACGGGUGCUUAGAUGGUACGACUACAGCUGGUCGCGCGGCCGGAUACAGGGCGGGGGUGACAUCAAUACCGCUCUCGGUCUACUCCCAGACAAGCUCAAGACCGAGUUAGCAUUGCACGUGAACCUCACGGUGCUGAAGAAGGUCACCAUUUUCCAGGAAUGUCAACCAGAAUUUCUGCGUGAUCUCGUUCUGAAGAUGAAGGCCUACAUAUUCACGCCCGGCGAUUCAAUAUGUCGAAAGGGCGAGGUUGCUCGUGAGAUGUUCAUAAUAGCCGACGGUAUACUGGAAGUAAUCAGCGAAAACGGUAGAAUACUCACGACAAUGAAAGCUGGGGACUUCUUCGGCGAGAUUGGUAUACUCAAUUUGGACGGAUUGAAUAAACGCACAGCCGACGUUCGUUCAGUAGGUUACUCCGAACUGUUCAGUCUAUCGCGGGAGGACGUGCUGACGGCGAUGACGGACUAUCCGGAAGCGCAAGAAAUCCUGCAAAAUCUCGGCCGAAAGAGACUGUUGGAAGCACAAAGAUUAGUGCGGGAAUCGUUUCGAUCUACAUCCCCCGGUCAUGACUCGUCCGACAACAGCACCAGCAAGAGGAUCGUCGAUAAGCUGAAGAGUGACGUGAAAGGCCUGAAGAACGUCCUGCGGAAGAGUAGACGCAACACUCGGCCGGAAGAGAGCCUGGAGCUUCAGCCAUUGGCGCCAAAGGUGCCAACGCUGAAACGGCAGCAGAAGAUUGACGACGGUCAAGACCUGUCUUUGUCUAAUACUCAGGAGCAGCCGGUGUCACCGCUGGGCGCCGGUCUUCCGCUGCUGUCCAGGCUCAGGCUGUUGAAAGAAAAGGAGGAGAGGGAGGAACGGCGUAACUUGAUGGAUACAUCGAAUAAUACGAGGAUACUUCAGCUAAAAACCGAGCAGGAGACCACUCAAAUAGAGAGAGAAAUGCCCAAGGAGUCUCUGCUACCUAAGAACACCAUUCCCGAGGAAACGAACACGCAAUCGGACGAGCAAUCGUCCUCGAAUGGUCAGAGUGUCGCUUUGACUACUGUGACCAAAACCUCGCAGGUUGAGACACGCACUGUGUGCAAGCUGAUCAAUCCCUGGACCACGCUGAAAAAUGCAUCAUUGACUCCCAAGGGUAAUUCGUCGCAGAAAAGUUCACCGGCCAAAAAACUGCAGCAAACUAAGACGUAUGCUUCCAUUGAUGAUCUCUCGCCAGAGUACUGCGAUCUGCCAUUUGUUAAGAAGCUCAAAAUCCUCAACGAAAGGCAGAAGCUGGUCGAACUGGAGAAAGCGGCUAGGAGCUCAUCCCUUGAUUGCGGCGAUAACAUCGAAUCGAAAUUUGACAACAACCUCACGAGAAGCCACUCGGAGACCUGUGCCAUCGAGUACACCAGGACGCUGGCUAAAUAUAAUCAAGAUCGAAAAGAAUCGGCGUCACUGACACCGGAGCAACUGUCGUCAGAGAACGAAACGCUCGAGAGGCAGAACUUGAAGAGCAUCCUGAAGAAACUGUCAGCCAGCAGUAGGGCUGACAGUUCCGAGACCUCUGCGACGAGUACGCCUGAUCGCAAUGCCGCUGAACUGAAAAAGCUAAUGAGAGCGCCGACGAUCGAGGGUUACGCCGCGCGGCACUCAAAGCUGUCCAAGAGUGUGACCUUCAACAAGUACACGCUGCAGAGCCCGCCGUCCGAGCAGCUCUUACAAUCGAAUUAUCCGCUGUCCAGCACCCAGGAUCAGCUGUCACUGCCGCCGCCCAAUAAAUUUAGUUUCCGUCCUGUGAGCAGUACCGGUGAUGUCUCGAUACAAACGACAUCCUGGCCGCGGGAGGAGUGCUUGGACGAAUUACUCUAUGGGGUUGGCGAGGUCAUCAAGACAGGCUUGGAAGAUAUACAAGAUAAGUUCACGUCGUUAGAACUGGAAAUACGUAAGCGUGACGAAAUGAUAUCGCAGCUACAGUCACACAUUCAGCAACUGGAGCGAAAGAAAUUGCGGAGAACAGAUGAUUCCGGUGGGGAUAGCACCGAGCACGAUGCUUCCAUGGAGGAGGACCUCGACGACGAUGAGGAUCACCCCUUCAUGCGUGAUGGUUCUGUGGACACUGUUCUUGGGUCAUUGCGGUCUCGCGAUCGACACUCGUUCUCGUCCGUCGGUUCAAGCAGCAGACGAUCGUGGGAGGAACAUUCGGAAAAAGAAACUUUGGAACUGCAGGAGCUGCCGAACUCAAUAGUACCUCAGAAACUGCGGAAGGACGUGGCGAUCGAACUUGAAUCGAAUAGCGACAGCAGAUCGGACGAAGAUUUAGAUAUCUAUUUUUCCAAGAGCGAUAGCGAUGAAGAAGACAGAGAGUAUGAUGAUGAGGAUGAUGAUGAUAAGACUGCGCGGCAAGACGACUACAACAAUUGGGAGGUCACUUUGUUGGCGAAGCAGCUUGAGGCAAAGCAAAGAAAUGGCGAUAGUUCCAACCCGGGUUCUUAGCUUAAUGAGACUCUAGAAACAUCGUGUUACCUCGGAAACGCGAUAUGCUCCGACGAAUGCAAUCCGCUGGCUGAGUCCAGUGGUAGUGCAGCUUUUUGCGAACGCGAUCCUUAUCCAAACAUACAGUCAUAUUUCGACAACAUGACUAGCUGCAGCGAGACUAUGAUAUAAUUCGAUCUCGCAAGGUGUUAUUGAUGUUUCUCAUCCUUCCCUUUUUUACUUUUAAUCCAUUUCGUCUAAUUUAAUUUUUAGUAUCUAUGAUAGGUUUCCAGCUCGAUGGAUCGGCGAUCCUGUAUAAUUUAUUACUUAUAUCGCGCAGAUAUUAGCUCACAUGUAUAAAACAAGUUCUCUUGCCUUCUUCAGCUUUCACCUUUUCUUUUUUUUUCUUGGUUA